CCAAAAUCGACCUCCCAAUCGGCCAAUCCCAUCCCAUUCAACGCUGAGAGCGCUCUGUAAACCCUAGCGCACGAGAUCAGGAGCGAGGACAGAGGCACAACAGCAAGCCAGCGAAAUCGCCAUGGAUUCAGCGGCUAGAAGAAGCGGCGGCGGAGGGUUUUUCGAAGGGAUUUACAAGGUGUUCAUGCGCCGGACCUCCGUCUACGCCACCUUCGUCAUCGCCGGCGCUUUCCUCGGAGAACGAGCUGUGGAUUAUGGAGUUCAUAAGCUCUGGGAAUACAACAAUGUUGGGAAACGUUACGAAGACAUUCCAGGCUUGGGGCAAAGACAAUCAGAAGAAUGAAUUGUUCUCUCCUUGGUGAUUUUGAAGUUCAAUACUUUUGGAAAGUUUGAAGCAUUUAUGUACUAGAUAGCAUUGUGCAUGUUUGCAAUAAGUGUUUGUAUGCUUGUGUGCAUCAGACAUUUUCCAAGACAUUUUCCAAGCAUGGGUUCAUUCAUCCACGCUGUUUGGAAGUCUUAAAUCGGUAUAAAUUCUGUAUGACUACUUGAUUCAUCUCUGAACAUUGUGUUCUUCAGUUAACUUUCAGAGUUUCUAAUCAGGUUAUCUCCA